AUUUUACCAAGCAGCCUAUUUUCACACCAACUGCCAUUCUUAUACUUUGAUUUUAGGAAAAAGAUAUGCUGCGUCGCAAACCAACUGCAAUAGCCAUAACUUCCGAGGAUCUUGCUGCCUUUGAAGAAAAACGACUCCGCAAACUCUCGAAAGAAAAAUUUACCCAGGGCCAGGCCAGCAUCAGCUCCCAUGUCGAUCUUGACCCCAGCGACGAGCUAAAACCAUUGCCAGGGGAUAAGGCGAGGAUCGUUCGUUCACGUGAAGAGCGAAUCGGCAUCAAUCGACGCCUCUGACAUAUAAAGUUGCCGCCCCUAAUUUUUCGACACAUCAAUCUACAUGAUGUCUUGGAGCUCUGUCCUAGUCUUUGCCAACACGUUUUGCAGCAACUGCCUUGAUGACCGAAGUCAACUGAGUGCCUCUUAGCCUGGACAGAAAUGGUUCUGAUUAUUUCCAUGUCGUGGGCUAUCUUUACAUGUUUCACAACACCACGUUAAUACUAAUGGUCCAUGCGCAAUGAUAUUCAACUUCAUCUGGAACGAUUUGUUUGAACUGGCUUUAUUACAGCUGGAAAAAAUGAAUAGUUUAGUCACAUUACGUGGCAAAGGCAUCGUUUUGUGAGCCACUUGUAGCCUCCACAAUAGUAUGAAGUAGGAUGAACCAAC